AUGGAUAUUCUCACACGGUGUUCUCCAGCGCGGUCGGCGCUCCUUCUCCUCAGUCCACAAGAAACUCGACCUCUCGCACUGCGCACCGCGACACACUCUUUCCCCUCAACGAAGCUGCCGCAAGUAUCCCGUCGCCAUGUCGUUUCGGCAAUUUCCGAAGGCUCGCGAAAGUCGCAGUAUUCGUCCAGCGAGUUCGCGAAGUUACCAGGCGAGCUGCAGGACCUCUCGAAUCUCGUGAAGAAGCUCGCCAACGAAACCACCAGACCUCCCCGCGCGGACACCGCGCGGCCCUCCGUCAAGCCGCCUCGCUACAGCGACUUCGCUAACAACCCUGAGAACGACCUCUCCAAUAAACCUGCCGUCAUGGAGCCUGAUGAGCCAAGCAUUCCGGGUCUUCCGGCGUCAGUCGCGCGGCAGAUGCCGUGGCUGGCAGCGGCACCGGCGCAGCCGGCGCAAGAUGCGGAGAGCGACCUUGAGGGAUUGAUACCCAAGGCGCUUUCCUCCCCGGCGAUGCCGACACCUGUCGAUAGAGCAGUGGUACCCCGUACGGAGGUCAUCGCGAUGCGGUCGCGGCUGAACAAGAAGCUCAGCGAGUCCAACACGUACAACCGAUUCCUGCAGCGCGAGGUGCAAUACCGCGAGCAGGCGCUUAGCGACUCUAAAGCGCUCUUGAUCGCACUGGCGGCGGAAAUGCGGGAGCUGAGCGAGGUGGCGGACGAGAUCGUGAAGACCGAGGGCUUGCCAGUCACAAGGAAGAUCAACGGCCGAUAUUUGCCGUCCCACCUCAGCAAUAGACUGGAAGAGCUCUAUUCCGAUCUGAGGCAGCAGCUGGAGGGCAUAGAGAAGCUGCGGCUGAGGGAGGUGCCUCUGGUGUGGUUUGGCAUGGCGGAGGACGUGAAGGUGAUGGGGUCGUUUGACGGCUGGACGUAUGGCGAGCAGAUGUCCCCCGAGACCACCGGCACCAUGACCCGCUUCUCCACCGUGCUCAAGCUGCGCCCUGGGAGAGUGGCCCACUGUGGGUCAUGGCGUGAUGCUAUCCCAAUCCCUGAUCUCCCAUCUUUUGGUGCUUGCACCCUACUGUGCAUCUGCGUGUGGAUGUGUGCAUGUGCGCACGCACGCAUGCAUGUGUGUGUGUGUGUGUGUGUGUGUGUGUGUGUGUGUGUGUGUGUGUGUGUGUGUGUGUGUGUGUGUGUGUGUGUGUGUGUGCAGGUACGAGAUCGAGUUCCUGGUGGACGGCGAGUGGAGUGGCGACAGACUGGCCCACCGUGGGCCAUGGCAUGA